AUGAGAGAAAAAACCAAAGUACCGAGUAUCAUAGCAUUUCCGGCAGCAGGGUGGAUUUUUGGAAUAGUAUUGCAAAUACAAUCAACGAACGAUGUAACCACCUAUACAAGAUAUCAAUCGACGUUAAAAUGCAAACGUGAAGAAUCGGAAGUUUUAAGCGAGAUUGUAAAAAGUGCAAUAAGGGAAGAAUUCUCCCGAAAAAAGCUUGCUGAGAUGAUACAAACAUCAGCUCUUUCGGAAACAAAAGCAAGAAAUAUAAUUGAAUGUUACGAAUUAAAAUCUUUUGAAAUAUCGGCGGAAGACUUUCAACCUAUUGAACCCAUACAAUAUCGGCCAUUCUUAUGGGAUAUGGAAAAUGAUGAAGCUCACCAAAUGUCCGAAGUUGAGAAAUGGUUUAAGAAAGCAUUGGAUCUACCAAGAGAUUUUCAUGUAAAGGAUGUCCAUACACGAAAUUAUCAACGACAUUUACAAACUGCCAAUGUCAUUUUAACAGGUGGUGUCGUUAUUUCUAUUGGACCAAGUAAUACCCCUUGCGUUUUGAUUGAAACUAAGAAAAAGAAGGAGAAUUUUAAAUUGGGUCAAGUUAUCGGAGAAUUAUUAAUAAUGGAUAAAGCGUACGCCCCAAACCCUAUGUCUGUCGUAACUGAUUGUAAUGACAAUUGGAUUAUUUACUUUUUUUGGGGGGAAGAGAAUAAGGAUUGUUAUUUAGCAUCAUCUAUAAUUGAUGACCGCAGUGUUGCUUUGGCAAUAAUUAAACAGUUCGUACUUGCUGAAGGAAGAACUUAUUUAGAGUUACUCGGAAAAAAUAUAACAUAUCAAACGGAUUUACCCAAACCACUUACAAAGAGAGCAAAGCUUCUUGAAUCCAUACCCGAAGAGGUUGAUGAUAGAAUGGGAGACAUAAUCGAUGAUAUGACUGAAAAAGAAUUGUUUAACAUGUCAAUGCGCAGAAGAUUAAAAUUAGCGAAAAAUAUUGUUGGGGUAGAGGAACAUCCAGCUAUAGAUCAGUUGAUUAGGCAGUUUAGCGAUAAUUAUGAGAAUCCACCAUCACCGAUAAUGUUCACAUGA